AUGUCUUCAUACACUUCCGUCUCAGCACAUCCAGUCAACUCUCAAAUACAACUCUCUCAAGAAGAGAACGACCCUCUGCACCUGAACACACACCACAUAUCCAACACACAGUUUGACCCAUCUCUCCUGUCACCAUACAAUCAAUCGCAUACAUUCAGUAAUUCUACCAGCCCAUGCAACAUUGGCGGUACACCAGUCGAAAGUCUUUCCGAGUACAGCAAUUUUGGUAGCGACUUUAGUGAGAUCGAAGACGAGUAUUUUGGAGUGGAUUUCGACGCUGGCGUACAGCAAACAGAUUCACUUCCCACAAGCCUCGCAACGUACCCGAUAGACGAUUAUACAAACAUUGUACAUCAGGCAUCCACAAACAUUGAGAGUCAAAAAACAUCAGAAGCUCUCGCAGCUCCAACAUAUCCUCCAAGCCCCAAGAAUACAAGCAUUCCAAACACACCCUCUUCCAGAAGCGGACUAAAUGGUAAAGCCCACUCAUUCAUUACACAUCACGAAAUAGAAAUUGAAAACGAAAACGAAUCAAAUCAGUCGGGAUUUCCUUUUCCAGAAUUGACAUCGACACUUGAUACACUGCAAUUGACGCCGGACAAUAGCGGUAGCAGUCAUACGAGCGCCGAAGGGGUGGAGCCAACAAGUAUGGAUUUUCGUGCCCAUAGUCCACAUGUGACUGUCUCGCAGUGGGCUGAAGAACAAUCAUCGACUAGGCCCGACUUUGCAUUGGAUAUGAGCCAACAUGGGAAGCAAUUGAACACCGGUUUCAAGAACUAUCAAUAUCCAUCCCAAAAUUUUGAUCAGAGUUCCAAAGUGACCGCAUCACGGAAUGAUGAAGGAGUGUGGAGAUCGAAUGGUGCAACUGGCCUAACUGGAUUGGAUCCUGAGAGACGAAAAGUGAUCUCAAAUGCCGAAAUCCCCAAUCUGAAAGAACAAGAAGAGCGGCGGCAUAUUAAUGACACAAAUGUACUGGUGCAAUUGUGGCGCCAAAGAGGCAAUUCAACCAGUGAUCCAAACGUACCAAGAUCUAGAGAAUCGACUUAUGCAGUGCAAAUUGAGCAGGCUGGAGUUAAUCUAGCGCCAGUGGAUGAUGCCGCAAGCAUCAGAGAAAAUAGAUUUCUUGAUGGGCAAGUUUACUACCACAUCAAAGGCGAAUCCCGAACUGAUGUAGAUAUAAAAUUGAUGAGCCAGAUGCGCCAAUUCAACGAUGCUCCUGCGCUACCAUACAUGACAGUCAGCGGCUUUCAAGCGCCUCAGACGGCGAAUGAUGCCAUCCAAAAGUUCAAUGGAGACGCAGAUACCUUCUCAGUAAUAUCACGUGCAGCAACUUGGGGUACGCGACGGAAAAGUGAGUCAAGUUUAAUGGAGUAUAGCGCUGGCGAAGAGGGUAAUUUCCUCAAGAAAUUAUCCAUCAAGCAUGAAAAGAAGGGACCAGGGCGUUGGCAUCUUUCGAGCCUGGGACAACUCGCUGUGAAUCACGUAAAGAGGGCUCGCAGCUCGUCAAACUUGCAAGAUACUUCGACGGAAAUGAACCAAAAGCAGAACAAUUCAAAUAAUCUAGCGCCGCCUCCCAGAACAUCCAGCUUUGGUAAGAGUAGGAAGCCGACUCCAAGUCUAAACACCGCAUUAGCGGCAAUGACUGGAACGGUUGCUGCUGUCGGUACAAGUGCGCAUCAUCCUCCUCACGCCCGCAAUGGCUCUGUGGGUGCAGCAUCUCCAAAAAGCCCACUUUUAAAUCUAUCAUUCCUCCGUAAGGACAGUGGACGAACUAGAAGCAAGAGCGAGCUGUCAAUUCGAGAAAGCGCAUCUGCUACAGUAUCUGCUAUUGGUGAACUCUGGAAAAAGCAAGGAGGCCCACCUGUUCCUACUUUGGCUCCUCAAUCGUCGGUUGAGCCUGAGUCGGUCAUUUCUACCACCAGGCAAUUCCCAGAGCCGAUUGACCACGACGACGAGGAUGAUGAGGAUGAUGAGCAAGGUGAUGAAGGUGACAUGGGAACGGAUCCUGCACUAUUGGAGCCGACCGUACCCACUUAUGAAGGUUUCAAAGAACACAUACGGCGGCUGAAUCCUGACAUGGAUCCAAAGUUCAAUUGGCUUGUGAGUCGCAUUGCUCAUCAGCAAGAAAUUCGAUACAAGAAUUUACUCGAUCAAAGGGUCAAACAUAUGCAAGCCAUCAAGAAUCGCAACUGCCCUUCUAGGCCACAUUGCAUUGCACUAGGCGGAAGUGCUACAGUAUUUGAUGCUAAGGGAAAAAUUCGGGAGAAUGACCGCAGUGCUGGCGGGUUACAACUCGUAACAGACUUUUCCGAUGAUUCAAAUCCUGGUGAUGGUGCUCUUUCAAGUGAAACUUUCCCCAAAGGUGUCCCCUUACCCCGAACUCGAAAUCUUCCAGCAGAAUUUGAAUGCCAAUUGUGCUUCAAGGCCAAGAAAUUUCACAAACCUUCAGAUUGGACAAAACAUGUCCAUGAAGAUGUCCAACCAUUCACUUGUACUUAUGACAAGUGCAGAGAACCAAAAUCAUUUAAACGAAAGGCCGAUUGGGUUCGCCAUGAGAAUGAAAGACACAGGCAUUUGGAAUGGUGGAUUUGUGAAAUAGAUGAUUGCCGACAUCCUUGUUAUCGAAAGGACAAUUUUUUGCAGCAUCUGGUUCGUGAGCAUAAGUUACCAGAGCCUAAACAAAAGACAAAAGCUGCUAUCAAAAGGGCGAAACAUCCUGAGAUAGCAUGGGAUAUGCUGGACAAAUGCCAUCACGAAACAACAAAAAAACCACAGGACGAGCCAUGCAAAUUUUGCGGAAAGUCUUUCACAACUUGGAAAAAACUUACUGUUCAUCUAGCGAAACAUAUGGAGCAUAUCAGUUUGCCGAUUCUUCAACUUGUUGAACAGAAGAAUGUUGAUGCUGAUACGAUCAUCAGUCCAGUUGAACAAAAUUUUAGCCCAAUAACCCCAAUUUGCGGAACCAAAUUAGAAGGUUCAAGUCCUUAUGUUAUGGAGAAUAUGUCACCAAACAUCCCCAUGGUACCACGGAUCAGCGCUGCUUUCCACGAACCCGCAUUCUACUCUACUUCGGGACCUUCGGCAUACGGCAUGCACAGCUCGAUGACGCACACUCCAAUAGCACAGGAAGUCUCAAACGAGCCAUUUCCAAUCUUUUCCAAUUCAUACAAUGUCCCGCAGUUGAAUCAGCCACGACAAUUUGGUUCAAUGGACUCUGCUAACCUUGGCAAUAUGCCAUCCUUUAUCGAUACUGGCUUUGAAAUGGAUCAACCACAGUCAGCUUUUGGGAAUAUCGAAAAUAGCUUCGCUCAAAAUAAGGUUGAACACCAACCUCGAUCUGCAUUCGGUUCGAUCGGCUCCAAUUCUUUUCCAAUGCAAUCCAAUCAGAGCUUUAACCAUACACCUCACUCCGCCAUGGAAUUUUCCAUGAAUCAACCUUUCGUCACGACUUCUGCUCCCGUGUCAGCAUACCAAGCUUCAAAUAUGCUAGGCAUAACAGAUCAAAGUACAUUUGGCUUCGAUUCUUUGACUGUUAGUCCCAUGAGCAACUACCAACAAAUACCAAUGAGUCGUGCUCAAGGUAGCUCUUCUUCUUAUGGUCAAUCUCCUCAAAACAUGCAGAAUUCUCUUCAGAAUAUGCAAUAUUACGGCCACCAAUGA